GCGAGAGAAGGCUGGAAAGGCCGAGCGAGGGUCGAUGGCGAUCAGGACGGCAGCGCUCCUCUUCCGCCGCCGGGCCGUCGCCGCCGCCGCCGCCGCCGCAGCUCCAAAGCCGCUACAACAGUACUUCGCUGGUCUGUCCAGCGCAGUGGGGCACGUUACUCUAGACGAUGGCGGUCGCAUUGGCGGUGGGGAGGAGAACAAGAAGCGGUGGGUGGAGCUCCCUCCCUUCGCACCACUCGACGCCAACGCCGCCGCUCGAGCCAUCUAUCGGGGAGAUAAUGGGGAAGGUUCACGCUCCAAUUCCACGGCUAUCAGGUGGGUCCGGCGCUGCUGCCCACACCUGCCGGCGUCGCUCGUGCAGAAGCUGUUCCGCCUCCGCAAGGUGAAGAAGAAUCUUGUGACUGCUGAUACCUCUUCAACAGACAGUAUUGCCCAGCAACUCCGGCUGAGAAGGGUUUCAGCAAAAGAUGAACUUGUGCCUGGUGAUAUUCUCUUUCUACCUGAUAACAUUCAAGAAUCUUCUGUUACUGAGAAGAAGAAAUUUGGUAACAAGAAUGAGAUUGAUUUUCUACGCAGCCUUGAGAUCUACAAGGAUAGGGCCAUCAUCGUGCUCAACAAACCACCUGGAAUGCCAGUGCAAGGUGGUGUUGGCAUAAAAAAUAGUAUUGAUAUACUGGCCCCAAUGUUUGAGGACGGUUCUUCUGAAGCACCUCGGCUGGUCCACAGGCUUGAUAGGGAUUGCAGUGGCGUCCUAGUUCUGGGAAGAACUCAACUUAGCACUUCCAUUAUGCAUGCUAUAUUUCGUGAGAAAACUGCUGAUGCUUUAGGUGAUGGUACUCAACAAGUACUGCAAAGAAAAUAUGUUGCACUUGUUAUUGGAAGACCUAGGCAUCCCAAGGGUUUAUUGUCAGCUCCACUUGCAAAGGUUGUAUUACAAGAUGGCAGGUCGGAGCGUCUGACUGUUUGCGCUGGUCCAAAUACCGCUUCUGUUCAAGAUGCUUUGACAGAGUACCGUGUGAUUGAGUCUUGUCCUCAAGGGUACACUUGGUUAGAAUUAUUCCCUCGGACUGGGAGGAAGCAUCAGCUCCGAGUCCAUUGUGCGGAGGUUCUGGGAACACCAAUUGUUGGGGAUUACAAGUACGGACGGCAAGCGCACCAGAACUGGACGCCUCUUCCCAUGCCGCAAACAAUCAAUGAGGAAAUGCUCAAGAAAAGGAAGCUUCCCUUUGGGCUUGCUUUGGGCGGUGGAAGCGUAGCUGAGCAGCAGCCACAGCUGCAUCUACACUGCAAGCAGAUGAUCCUUCCUGACAUCUCAGCAGCUAUGCAGCAGCUGCAGUCUUCAGAUGCUGACCACAAUUUCUCUGAUCUGGAGAAGCUGAGCUUUGUCGCCCCAUUGCCAUUGCACAUGCAGUUGAGCUGGAGGAUUCUGAUGUCCAUAGGCAAGUAAUGUUGUCAUUUCUUCUUUAGGCAUGCCUGCUUGCUGUGCUGUAUUACUGUGGGGUUUGCUUUAAACCCUGCAUGCCUGCUUACUGGGGCUUGCUGUCGCAGAAAGCUUAUAGAACAGCCUGAAACCCUGAAUUUGGGCUGUAGUAGUAGUGGAUCUCUACAAUGGUGAAAGAUGAGAUCAUAUGCAGAAACCAUGUUGAUAAAUAGAUUAUUCUUUGUUUUCUUUUUAUUUUUCUGGUUUUCCUCCAGAGAUUUUUUUUCAUAUAAUGCCGCAUAAUCAAUGAGCAAUGAUACAAGUUCAUGGAUUCGAUUAAUGCCGCAUCAUUGCAGGCGUCUGGGGGGUUUUCUGGUGCACCGCAGCCGCAGGGGCGAAAUGACCCUCUGCUGUGGUGAUGGCUUUCCUUGGUCGUUUUUCUAACGUGUGCGCGUCGUAUAAACUUUGACAGAGCGAAACAGCUAAUAUUGAAUUAGUAACUCCGGUCCGCA